UGGGGCCCCCGGGUAAUAGGGGAUCAUGGGGCCCCUGUGUCCUUGCCCAAACUCAAAAAAGCCUAUGAAAAAGGUACCAGGGGCAUCUCAUGGGGCCCCCUACUGACACCGGGCCCCCGCAAAACAAAAAUAAAAAAAAAAUGUCCCCUGCAAAAUAAGAGCAUAAUGUGUUAGUAUCAGGGGCGGACUGACAACCCAUGGGCCCCCGGGCAAUAGGGGAACAUGGGGCCCCUGUGUCCUUGCCCAAACUCAAAAAAGCCUAUGAAAAAGGUACCAGGGACAUCUCAUGGGGCCCCCUACUGACCCCAGGCCCUCGGGCAGUGCCCGAGUUUCCAAAUGGUCAAUCCGCCCCUGC